AUGUUUCAAGCAAGGAGAGGACAGUAUCAAAUGCAAAAUCAAGACUUGUUCAGACAUGCACCAAUUACAAAAGCUUGGUUAUUGAUGACGUUGUUCAAUUCUGUCGUCUGCAUGUACUUAAGUAUUAAUGAUUUUGAUUCUUGGAUUGCACCAUCAUUGGGAAAUAUCAUUUCUAUUAAAGGAGUUUUGCAAAUAAUUCCAUCAAAAUUUAUUUUUCAAAAUCCUUCAUCACUUGUUAGUGGAUUAAUCUUGUUAUAUUAUGGCCGAUUAGUGGAACGUCGCUUUGGUUCCUGCAAAUUCAUGGUAACUUAUCAGACUAUGAUAUUGCAUAUCUAUUUAUCAGAAAUUAGGAAGAACUUCAUUUUAUUCAAUUUUCUUCAUGCAACUUCAAUGGAAAUAAUUAUUUAUUUUAUUCUCUCAUGGUUUUAUGAUUAUAUCCCAUCAACUAUGUAUUUUGUUAUUGGACCGUAUGAUUUGCUCACUGCACUGUAUCUAACAUAUGUGAAGGAGAUACCAUUAGUUCCAUAUGCCAGUAUACUUGGCUUAUCAUUAUCAGCGCAUAGCUUUCCAUUCAUUAUGUUUAUUCAGCUGUUUACAUUAUCGAAGCCGGUGGUGAUUGCAUGUACAGCUGGUGCUUUAAGCGUUUUUUUGUGUCCAGAAUUUUCUACAAAAUUUAAUUUCUUGCCCAGUUCCCUUGUUCGGCUAUUUCGUUCCACCUCAAACCCGAUUGGUUGGCUGUUUCAGAAAUUUGCAGAAUGUGGUGAAUUUGGAAGAGAGGGAAGUGUUUUACCGGUAGCAGCAACGAUUGAGAGACAAAGGAUAGAUAUUCUAGAUAAUUACGAAAGGAGAUUAAUGUUUGGACAAAUGCAACGUGUUUACAGCAGUGAACGAACUCGUCCUAGUGACAAUCAACUUCAUUUUUUGAGUCGAUUACUGGGCAGGGCAUCCAGUGAUGGUGCACCAUCUAACGAAGACCAAGUGCGUCAACUUGUGGAUAUGGGUCUUGGUUCUCGAGAAGAUGUCAGAGAGGCUUUACAGCGAUGCGGUAAUGACGCUUCUGAAGCGGCUAAUCUAUUAUUGCAUAAUAGGCGCUGA